GGAACGGUGCGUUUUCUCUUCUCUCUUGGUUCGCGUACGAGGUCCCUCUCUCCUCCACUCACCCAUACAUAUUAGUAUUACCACUACGGUGUUGUUGUUUUUUCCCGGUGUGUUCGUUUGCUGCCGACUUCAAAUCCCCCGUUACACUUACGCUGCUUCGCGCAUGCUGUGACGCUGUUUCUAAUACAUAGAUCUCGCGAUAGCUUUUUUUCUCUCUUUACCAAUCUGUUUUAUUUCAAUAGAGGGCUAAAAGCCGGCACUUCAAUACGCGCUGAUUAUUGAAUUGCGUGCUGUUGUUGAGGUGCCACGGCGUGAAGGGAGAAAGAAAUCCACGAAGGGUGCGUUGUGGGACUCUUGAGUGCAGCGCAGCUGCCACGACACCGUCAAAAAGAAAAAGAAAGAGCCAGCCGUUCGUCGGGAUACAGCGUUUUUCUUUCAAUUCCCAUCAAAGCCCGUCGACCACGCUGCACCAUGACGGAUUUACUUUCUCAGCUGGAGCAGGACUUCGUCGCGAUUCAGCAGGCGGACCCGUCGUUAGCAGAUGGCUCCCGGUUGGUGUAUGAUCGCGAGGUGCCGUGCGAGCUGCGGGCCAUGCGCGGUGUCGAGUCCUCUGCCGGCUCGCUUGAGCCGAUGAAGAUCAAGGUGUUGACCACGGGGGAGGAGCGCAAUCUGGCCAGCCUGCGCGUGGAGGUGACAACCGAGUCGGACAUCUUCUUCCACUACACGUGCAUCAUCAACGACCAGGGUUUCCUGCGCUUGCGGGAAGACCAGAAUUUGGUCUGCGAGUUUUCAGAGUUUCUCAUGACGUUGCUAAAGAUGUUUAACCGCUGCAUCCGCGAGCCUGGCCGCUUUAUCGCCGCGCUGCUCCUCGGCGAUGACGGCACUGCAAAUUUGGAGUUUGUAGAGAACUUAGAGUAUAAGCUGGUGAGUGUGUUAGUGCUGCCGUUCCGCGCGUCGCCGCCGGAGGUGGUGCGGGAGCAAGCGCAGUAUCGCUACAGCGCGGUUCGCGCACGACUGGAUUUGGUAACCGAGCAGAUCAAGCGCUCCGGGCCGGCCCGCCGCUAA